UUUACUUUUAUACUGCUCAUAACUGCUGUAUAACUCAUACAAAACAUAUUCCACAAUUUUUCCCUGAACUAGAGACCAGCUUUGAACAUCACAUAAUAUUAAAUGCAAUUGUUUUCACUCAAAAAUAUUACGAGCAAAUGAAGAUUGAUAUUUCAUCACGGCUCAACCAAACAAAUUUUCAAUGGCCAAGAGAAACUGGAGAGAUAGCGAUUCAUCAAAAUGUUCCCAGACACUAGACCAUCUAUCUCAUUCUUAUGACUUGAAAGAUGUAGAAAGUCUUUUUGACAAGUCAUUUGGCUUUGAUUCAUUGGCAUUUCAUGAUGAUUUAAUAGAAACAUGGGUUGGAGAAGAUCCAGUGCUAACAGAAAAGACAGUUCAGGAUUCUGAACUCUUGACCCUCAAAGACACUUUAAAUGAAAUAAAAGAUAAAUUAAGUAGUAAAGAUAUAGAAGAAUGGCAUAACCAUACAACCAGGUGUAACCUUGCGGCUGCCAUUAUUCCAUAUGUCAAAGAUGCUGGUGUUGAGCUGUGUACUCAAGCUUGGGUUAAGUUCUAUGAGUUACUAAAUAGUUUCAGUCUUGUGCCACAAAAUAAAUUCCUCUCUGUACACCUGUGUGAAGCACCUGGUGCCUUCGUAACAUGUCUGAAUUAUCACCUGCAAAAUACCAAAUUUCGCCAUAUGUGGGACUGGAGAGCUACAACAUUAAACCCUUAUUAUGAAGGGAAUUCAUUGGAUGCAACCAUCCCGGAUGAUCGCCUCAUUCGUCAUACUUAUUCACAAUGGUAUUUUGGUAGAGAUGGUUCAGGGGACAUAACCUGUCGAGGCUACUUAGAAGAUUUGCAUAGCUACAUGAGCAAAGUAAAACAAGAUCAAGAAAUGGACAUUUUUUUGGUCACAGCAGAUGGAAGCAGAGAUUGUCAGAUUAACCCAGCAGAGCAGGAAGCCUUAGUAUCCAGACUGCAUUACUGUGAGCUGAUUGCUGCUUGCCUUCUGUUGGCUAAAGGUGGAAACUUUGUGCUCAAAGUGUUUACUCUGUUUGAACCAGCCUCUGUUGCAUUAAUGUUCUUAUUGAAUCUUCUAUUUAAGGAGGUUCAUGCUAAAAAGCCAGCGACUAGCAAGAGUGGCAACUCUGAAGUCUAUCUAGUUUGUUUGAACUUCAGGAAUAAUGUCAAGAUAGAAACAUUGUGGAAGCUUCUGGAAGUUAUUGUGUAUAAUGAAAAGCCUGGGACCUUACAGUUCAAACAUGAUAUCCCAUCAGCGUUUCUUCAGCAGCAUCUGAAGUGUUGUCAGUUAUUCUCUGAGUGGCAGGCUGACACCAUCGAGUUCAAUAUUUCACUGUAUGAGAACUUCAGCCAGAAAGCUGAGAGGGAACUUGAGUCCAAACAAAAGCUUGCCUUGGAUCUCUUCUUGAAGAAAACUCGUUUUCAGGCCAGGCAUAGAACAAAAAGACUAUCUGAAUAUAAAAGAGAUAAAUCAAGCUUUUACAUUCCACAAAACAAUCAGUUACAGCCACUGUCAAAGUGGCCACAGAAACAUUUGAAAGGGACAUUUUAUUUGCGCCAGAACCUGAGUUCUAUGUCCUGGGAGGAGAGAAUCGAACACUUAGAACACCAUGAUCUAAUGUGUCCAGAUAAAAUAUUACGAAAUCAAGAGGUUUUCAAAGAUGAAGAAUUCGACGAAUGGAGUGAUGUUGAGAAAGGGAGACCAUUCUCAUUCAUCUUAAACUCCAGACUUUGUGAUACAGCUCUUAUGAGUGACAUGACAAUGCUGGUGACAAACUCAGAUUUAAGCAAUAUGAAAAAGCUGGGCUAUCAAGAACAUGUGAAUGAGGUUGGACAAUUGCUUUCUGAAAUUAUUUCCCCUUUUGGAAACAGCGAUAGGAGUUCAUCUUUUCAGUCCAAAAAAGGUGAAGUGUGUCCAACUGUAGUUUUCUGGGAUGUGGACCAAGGCACUGAGUCAACUUUCCCUAUUUAUCAGUCAUUCAUGAACAAAGUGGACAGUGGUCAUUUCAAUGUCCAGCAUGUCAUUGAUGAUAAAGAUUUAGCUGCUACUUUAAGGUCAGCCAGAUAUAUAAUUGUCAAUGUGACUCGAGCUCCUGGUAAAGUUGAUGCUAAAAAUCCAUUUCAGUCAGACUAUGAGGAGUUAAUGAUUCGGAAGAAUGUCAUAUUUGCAGUGACUCAAGUGUUAAAGCACUUGAAGCACGGCAGUCAGCUGAUCUUGUUGACAGCAUUAUCACUGACAAGAAUGACAGCAGGUCUAGUGUAUUCUUUGGCCAGAUCUUUUGAAUCAACGUCAGUGAAGUGUCAUCCAAAUCUAUGGCUACAUCAAAUGUUCGUUUUUACAAAGUUUCAACACCUAUGUCCUGCUCUUGGGCAACACUUGAGAGAUCUUUCUGAUCAACUUUGUAGUGAGACCUCAACAACUUCAGAGUGUUUGCUGGAAGUAGUCAGUUUUGCCUUUAUUUUAAAUGAUCGUAAAUAUGUCCAGUUUUUGACAUCCUACAACAAUUACAUGGUUGCUGGUUUCAUUAACUUGAUGCUAGAUUACUACAAAAAAAUGAAUCAAAAAGUGCAAUGAAAUACCAUCUGCCCAUUUUUACAUCAAUAUUUGUAUUUCUUUAAUCCUCCUGUAAAGGCUUACUAUAGAGAUUUAUACCACAGGUGUCCUAGCCUAUGAUAUUUAAAGAUGGGAGAGGUCAGUUUUCUGUUAUUAAUUAUUUUUCUGUGCUAUUGUUCAAAAUGAGUACAAGAAUUUCUGAUACUUGCAUUCAAUUUUGGUUAUCUUAGGGAAGUGUUCUUUGGUUCAUUUGUUUUUCUGCAAAUUGAUUAUUACUUAAAUGCCAAAAUAAUUUUUCUAAGCUAAGGAACUUUUUCUGUUUAGAUAUUGAUUAGGAAGUGUAAAAGGUAUGUCCUAUUGCUCCUACAUUUCUACAUGUCAACAGAUUUGAGCUCUGGAUAAUUACGUUUUCUGUUUGGAAAAAAUACAUAUCACUUGAUACCUUUUUUUUUUAUAAUUUUAUAAUAGAUAUUGUCUUUGAGCUCAAGGUUUAGGAAAGAUUUCUGGCUCUUUCUAAGCUUAACCCCCCCCCCCCCCCCCCCCCAGAUAUGACCAAAUUUUCCCCUAAUUAAUACAGAUGAAAAGCCACUAUCUGCUACAGCAUUUCAAGACAUCUGUCAUCACUUUGAGCUAAGCUGUGAUAAGAGUCUGAAAAAUUUCUGACAUGCCCUUUGUGAAAUACAUCCACUCUGUGUAUCAGAAAGUAGUAGAUACCAUAUGUUCUCUUUCAUGCAAGGUGAAGUAAUCUGUUGUCUAAGCUUUUCUUAACCUUGCUUGCAUUUUCCUUUUUUUUCAUCAAACAAAUUUGCUUUGUAACUUAUCAUCUUACACAUUAUUUACAAGCCUGACCCAAUGCAGCUUACAUUGAUAAUUACACAGUUCAUGUUCAAUUAAAAUUAUUUUUGUUAUGUAUAAUAUUAAGUAAGCUUAUAAUAAAUGUCAGGGGAGGUGGGAGUUUUUUGCGUCCAUAAUCCAAGUACCUUGACCUUGUUACUAUCUUGAGCUAAAUAGAGCGUCUCUUGAUAAAUAAAAAAAAAUGUUAGCCAUAUUAAAUGUCAUUUUCACAUUUUUGAAUUUCAGCCUUCUAUUUAAAAAUUUUAUAAAAUGAAUAAUUGUAUUUAUUAAGUUUAGAAAUAUGAAAUAUUUAUUGUAUUGUUUUUGAAAUAUGUUCUGCUAAUAUAUUGACUGGAAAAUGUUUUUUUUUAUGAAUAAAAAAAAAUUACUACACUUUGUUGCAAAA